AUGUCGUCAACGAUUCCUCUUUUCCUAUGUAACAACUGGGAUCAAGUAUCCGAACAAGAGGCUGAUUCCAUGAAACAUCGCGUCGUCAGGGCACUCAGAGAAGAAUGGCAUGAAUUAGACCCAGAUUUUCAAAUCAUUUACAUUUCAUCGCCUAACGCCACAAACGGUGGACUAGUUGUUGAGGAGUUUGCGUUGCUGAUGGAUGCUGUUAAAUCCAGCGCCUUGCAAAAUAUUAAAGCAACGUUGCAAAGGCAGUGGCGGGAGCGACUUCAGAACACGAUUGCUGCAUGGGAAGACGAGAACCAAAUGUUGUCUCGCGCUCGCACCUUUAUGGUCCAACUCUCCCACCAGCGGUUUGAUGAAAGCAAGAGUUUCCUUCCUUUCCGAUACCUUGAGAACUCCGUCAUCGCCGAUGAUUAUACUGGUGGACCAAAUAUUUGCCUGACCUCAAAUGACUUCGGCGCGGCCCAAAAAGUUAUGAUUGGGGUGACAAGUCCAAUUUGGGUUCCAGUUGGCUUAGCAGUUUUAGUUGGCAGUGUCCCUGUCAUUGGUGCCGUGAGUCUUACAAAGAAGGUAGCAAAUAUGAUCGAUUCAAGAAAAUACGAGAAAGAUAAACUUGGUUUCAUAGUGCAAGCCUCCCGUGAGUACCUUUGUAAUGUGGCUAAAGAACAACAGCUGUGGUUGUUCGUGGAAGAGCAGCUCAAAGAUGUUCGGGUUUACCUUACGCAGGUUUCAUCUCGAUUGCGUGAGUUUAUAGACGCUGACAGAAUGCUGUGCCAGCAGCUCAGGGAUGAGAUUCGUUCAGGAAAGGAAAUUAAAGAAUUCUAUGGUCCUUUAGAAGAGAUGAGUGUCAGAGUAAAAGAAAAGAUUGCCCUAUUUUUCAUUAGAGAAGUGCAGAGUUUGGAAAUAAGCCAUAAUGACUUGAAGUGGUUUGAAGACGAUCAAAGUUCACUUCUUGGAAAUGGAGCAUCCGCUUCAGUUUAUCGAGGAACAUUCAGGAUACCAGGACAAAGAGAGCCAACCCAGGUGGCUGUGAAAUUGUGGAAUAAAGAACUGAACGAAUCCACCGCGAUUGGCUUCCUUUCGAAGACAGAAAUACUUCAGAAGCUUGACUUUCACUUCAUUGUCAAGUUCUUUGGGACAGCAUUGCUUAAGAAAGGCGAUCGAUAUCGGGUGAUCCAUGUCAUGGAAAUUUGCGACGAAAACUUGAUGAGUCGCAUUUUUCAGAAUCCUGAAAAUAUACCUGGUAUGUCCGUAAAAACAACCGCGGAGAAAAAUGUACUCUGCUGGGCCAAGGACAUAGCUGAAGCUAUAGAGUUCAUACACAGCCAGGGUAUUGUUCACCGCGGCCUCAAGCUGGUAAAAAUUUUG